CUCGGACUUGCGAGCUUUGGAGGGUUCUUACUUCUUACUUUUUACUACGCAGUUGCCCGGUUUUGGUGAGAUUUCCGGUUUUCCGGCGAAGGUAAGCGUGUGCGGCGUGCCGUUUCAAUGGCUGACGCUGAAGCAAAGGAGCGCAGGAUCCUGGUGGCGGUGGACGAAGGGGAGGAGAGCAUGUACGCGCUAUCCUGGUGUCUGAAGAACUUAAUAUGCGAAAGUUCCAAAGAUACCCUUAUCCUGCUCUAUGUAAAACCUCCCCGUGUCGUCUACACUGCUUUAGACGGAACAGGUAGGAGGGGGUACUCGGAAGGGUAUAUGUUUUCCUCGGAUAUUAUUACGACCAUGGAGAAAUACAGUAACGACGUUGCCGGUUGUGUCAUAGAGAAGGCCAAGACGCUGUGCAGAGAUCUUCAAAAUGUUAAAGUGGAGACAAAGGUGGAGCAUGGAGAUCCAAGGGAUGUGAUAUGCGAGAUGACUGGGAAGCUCGGUGCCGAUAUGCUGGUCAUGGGAAGCCAUGGCUACGGUCUGAUUAAAAGGGCAUUUCUUGGGAGUGUCAGUAAUCACUGCGCGCAGAAUGCGAGUUGUCCUGUUUUGAUUGUAAAAAGGCCCAAAUCAACGGCUGGAAGCAAUUGAUCAGACGGUUCACCUUUGUUUUCCUCUUGGGUGGUCUUUUUUUGUCUUUUUUCCUUUUUUUUUUCUUUAUCUCCUAGAAAAAUGUAAGUAAAAUUCGUGUUUAUUGGUAUGGUGUAUUUAAGAUGUAUAUGAUUGCUGUAGUUGAAGAUAACUGGACCACAUACAGAUAAUUCCAAAAAGUAACCAUUAGCUUAGCUGAGAGUCUGAGACUUGAGGGUUGCGUGUUUCUAAAAAAUUGUAGGACGCAAGAAGGGUUUGAGUUAUAUGGGACAAUUUUACGUCCCAAGUCCUAUUCA